GAAGCUCGGCACGCCAUGGCGCCAUGGACCCCAAGUGACACUCCGCAGCAAACCGUCAUGGAUGCUUCUGUCAGGACUUGGCUUCUGCUGUCAUGUCUGCUCUACCUGCGGACGGUGUGCGCCGAGUUCCCCGCUCUGACGCCCAUCCAGCUCGCUCCAAUUCCCUGCAAUGACAAGGUCGUGGAGAAGCUGUCGCGUCUCGCCGUGACCUAUGUCAACGAAGACCGGGCCGACGGCUACAAGUUUGCUCUCAACCGCAUCGCCAACGUUCACCUGCACGCUCAGGGUCCAGCAGGAAACGUGUACUACCUGGACCUGGACGUGCUGGAGACCAAGUGUCACACCGGCAGCCCGAAACCGUGGAAACGCUGUGACGUCAGAGCUUUCAUGGAAACGCAAAUCUCAGGUAACUGCAACACAACCGUGCUGCACACCACGGAAGGCUACUCCUACCUCUACAGCUACGACUGCACCCUAGUGCCAGACCCUCCAGAGAAGCUCCAGCAGACCUGCCCCACCUGCCCACUCUUGCUCACUGUGGACAGCCCUCAGGCAGUGGCCGCUGCUCGGGUCACUCUUGAUGCCUACAAGCAGCGGUCAGCGCUCGGUGCAGGACUGGGGGUCAAGAAAAUCACAAGAGCCGCAGCGCAGACUCUGCCGGUGGAAGUCAGCUUGGUGGAGUACACGGUCCAGUACUGUCCAGAGGGAAUGACAGAGCAAGGAACCUGCCAGCGGCUGACCAUGGAGUCCGACACCGAGACCGCUGGCUUCUGCUCUGGAUCGGUACACGGAGACCUGAAUGCUCAUCCUGAAGUUCAUGUGACGUGUGAGAUGUUCAAGCUUCAGAACGUUGACGUCUUCAGACCUGUGCAGCCUCAGGGUCACGACCUUCCAUUGGACCCCACCAGCCCUCCUCUUCCUCCUCUGAUUACUGACCCCGAGAAUGAGCCGGAGCCCGUUCUCCCAGACCCCACGCUGCCUCCGGUGGAAACACCAGCGCCCUCCCGCCCUGCGUCUACUCCGGUGCUGCCCUCAGAGCCGCCGGUUGUGGCGACCCGCUCCGUCUUCCUUGACUCGUCUUCCAGCGAGUCCUCUGAAAGUUUGGCAACGUCUUUUGACUCCUCUUCAGAAGAGAUUGGAGGCCCGGUAGCUCGCCGCCCGCCAGUUUCCUUCCAUUACCAGAGGCGAGAGCGCAGGAGGAGACAGGCCUUGAUGGAGAGUCAACCCUCUCACAACCCAAUAUUCCUGUCUGAUUUCCCCAGUGGGUCAUCUCCUUUCCGCUCCUGCCCUGGUCCCGCUCGCUACACCACCGUGUGAAGACUCUCUGAAGAGGAGAGUGGGCAGAUUAAAAGCAGUACUUUCCUCACAUCAUGUUCAAGGCUCCUGAAGUUCAGAUGGAUGUGCUUCACUGCAGAAUCACCCUGAUGCUUUGCUGCCUAUGUUGCGCUUCUUUUUGGAUGUUUGUGUCGAUGGGUGCUCAGAUUCAACAGAAAAUAAACAACCUCAA